AUGAUUUACGCGGACUGCAAUGACCUCGAUCGUUUCUACGGUGGUUUUCGGAAAUCUAUGGCAAAAUCGUUAUGCAAUUUCGAACGAAAUGUUGUGACAUUCUCGUUCUACAUUACCGGAUAUGUCUAUGAAGUAUCAAUUUUGAGUAUCUUCAUAAAUGUUCUUCAUUUAUUUAUUCUGACAAGAAAACCAAUGAGAGCUUCUUCGAUUAAUAUUUUAAUGGCUGCAGUUGCAUUGUUUGAUAUUCUGACAUUUUUACUAGAAGUUCAACUUUUUCUGGAACAAUAAAGUUAUUUAAUUUUCACAUGCUUCCCGACAGAUACCUACGGUCUAGUUUUAACCCGAGCUCUGUUUAUUGUAGUGAAGGAUUACUCGAGAAGAUGCUCGACAUGGCUUAUCGUGUUUAUUGCUUUGAUUCGAACACUAAUAAUUCGGAAUCCAUUUUGCCCCAAGUAUAGUUUGCUGGGAAAACCAAAAGCAUCGCUUAUUGUGAUUGCUGGAAUAUGUGCAGCAAGUUUGCCAAUUUCUAUUUUUAAGUUUUUCGAAAUCCAGUUCGUUUCUGUGACAAUGAGUAAACAUCAUUGUGCUCCUAAAGGAUCAUAUUAUUUUAUUGCUUCAUCGGAACUUUUCCUGAAAAACAAUGGAUUUCUAGCAAAAUAUUUUUACCUUUUCAACUCAUUUAUGUCGGAUUUAAUUACGUGUAUUCUACUUCCGAUUAUUUCUUGCUUACUUGUUAUGGAUUUAUUGAGAACAAGUAGAAGCAGAAAGAAUGUAAAUCUGAAUUAAAUCCUGGUGUUCUGACUUAAGCUGCCACUCUCUGUUGUUUGUCUAAUCAUGUCCUUUCAAUAUCGGAGUACCACCCUGCACACGCUCUCAUUUGGAUAUAUCAGUUCGAAAAAGAAAAUUGCACCCAAGACCAAAGCCAGCUCAUCAUUGCAAAAAUAUUAA